CUAAGUAGUUCAGUCAACUGGAAAAAUGCGGACAUUAUACAUAUCGGUUGUAAUCUGCUGCCUUAUCUUAAUACAGAAAGGUCAAGCUGAUGAAAUUUUUAUGGUAGCUGAGGGUUCCUCGGACAUGAGCUUCUUUGACAGGUCAGGGCAGCCAGGUAGACCUGGCCCAGGCAUUCCUGGACAACCUGGACAUGGAAUUCCUGGCCGACCUGGCCGGCGAGGCAGACCAGGAAGUCCAGGAGCGCCAGGAGGAGCAGGUGGCAUUGGUGGAACGGGCGGUGAUGGAGGGGCAGGUGGAGCAGGCGGACGAGCAAUGAGCGGAGGAUAUUGGAGGAAAGGUAUUUCAUUGGGUCAAAGGCGAGCAGAGCCAAGGUCACAUAGUUAUUUGUUUUAAGUGAUUUCAAUUUAUAAUUCAUAUUAAUUAUUAUCAAAAAAACUAAAGACAUAUAUUAUAAAAAAUUCUGUUAUAUAUCAAAAUGAAUUUUUCUUAAAAUGAUUAAUAAAAAAAAUGUAUUUUAAUGCCAGUAAUUGUUGGAUAUUUUCUGCUUGAACUAUGUAAAGGUUUUUUCACACUGUAACUGAACAAAUUUUAAAUAAUUUGCAAACGUCAGUAAAUAACGGAAAGAAUGCUGCUUAAAUGUUUGCAAAACAUUUAAAAAUCAAAUAAAAAUAACAAGUUACUUUUGUUCUGUUUAAAACUAA